AUGCGAAGUGGUAAUCCCAAGUUCUCCAACUUGCAAGGAAUUCGUGAUUUGGCAAAAGCAUUGGUUGAGGCAAAUCUUGUGGAUACUUAUUCACUUGUUUAUUUACUUGUGAAAUUAACUCUGAUCUUACAUGUUGCUACCGCAACUGUGGAGAGAGCAUUCUCAUCUAUGAAGCGGAUCCAAAAUGAAGUGCGGAAUAGCAUUGGUGAUCAAUAUUUGAAUGAUUGUUUAGUUUGUUACAUAGAGCGUGAUGUAUUUACAAAUGUAAGUAAUGAUGUCAUCAUUGAUCAUUUUCAGAAGGUGAAACCUCAUCGAGGACAAUUGUAA